CAUAAGCAUUGUCCCCUGGAAAAACCAAAGCAUCGCAGAGUGGGGUCUAUGAAAUGGAAUGUAAUGAAAUUAAAAAAAAAAAAAGACAAACAUCAAACCUCAUAGUCUCCAUUUAUUUCUCUUCCCCAGUUUGAUCUAACUCUUCAAACUAUACCAAAUUUCAUAAAAAGCCUUUGUAUCCUUUCAACUUCCUUUGACCCCGUACCUAAUUCUGAAUUACAGAGAAAUGAUUUUCCAAAUAGAAGAAGCAGCUGAAACUGAAAGUAUAUCUAUCAAACAACAAAGCGAGCCAAGAAUUAAUGAUGAUGGCAACGAAGAAAUUGAAGAGGAGAAUCCAGGAGAGUGGUUGAACCUAAGCCUAGGUGGGAAUUCACUAUCAACAGCUGGAGACUCUGACCCCCAGUCAAGACCAAUUUCUACCAGGGUUUUCUCUUGUAACUUUUGCAUGCGGAAGUUUUACAGUUCACAAGCCUUAGGUGGUCACCAGAACGCCCACAAGAGGGAGAGAGGUGCAGCCAGAAGAUACCAAUCCCAGAGGAUGAUGUCGAUGAUGGGUUUGCCAAUGAGUAACCACAUGGUUAGAUCACUUGGCGUCCGACCCCAUUCCCUAGUGCAAAAAUCAAGCAGAGAUGGAGCUGCAAGUGUAGCAAGAUUUCAUGAUACUUACACAGGUUUUGGAAUGACAGGGAUGCACUUCACAGUUGAUGAUGCAAUGGAUUUUAUGUGGCCAGGAAGCUUCCGCUUGGAUCCUCAGCUUCCCAAACCAUCAUCAGAUCCAUCCAAGCUUGACUUGAAUCUUCGACUCUAAUCAACUUAAUCUCCUGUCCAAGUUUAGAAGUCUCCAUUACUACUAUCUCUUUUCUUGGAACAGCUGUUGAUUGUUCAUCCACCAACUACAGAUACUAACUGAUGAGGUAGGAGCCUGACGAAUUUAGAGAGUCAGUGCUACGGUUCUGUUCUGCCUAAUAACUAGAAGAAAACCCAAGAAUAUACUUUUCGCUGUGCAUUGGUAUGUAGCUAUUAGUAUGUUUAUUCCUUUUUCUGCUUCCAGCUUGUUCAAAAUGCAAGAAUCAAGAUCACCCCAGGAGAUUUGUGGGUUUUUUUUCUUCUGGUUGUAUCAAUUAGAUCUCUUGGAGGAACCAUGGAAUUGAAAUAUCCCUUUAAUUUUAGUUCCUUCUAAUUUUUCCAUAUGCCUAA